AUGGUUGACACCGCAGUGUGUGAAAUAGGCCAGGACGAUGUCUCCUUGAGAACAUUUCACUCGCGCACUACAGUCGCACUUCCAGUCUCGGUGACUUUUCCAGUCCCUUUGAAUGCAUUGGCUGUUUUAAAGCUCGCCUGGGCGUGCACCAUUGCCGUCUACAGCAAUUCACAAGAUGUGGACUUUCGAUUUUGUGCUUUGGACCCAAAUGUGGUAGACUCCGUGGAGACAUGCCAUGUAGCCCUUGAUCUAGAGCAAAGUGUCGCCGAUGCAUUGCUUGCCAUAUCGCUCAUUGAGAAUGAAGGACCUCUGUCAACAUCGUCAUCUUCCGCUAUCGAGAAUUUUCUGAUCAUCCAGAAAGACCCAAAUGAGCUUGAGAAGCUCCCUUUGGAGACGCCGCAUGAAGAGCAAUGUUUAGUACUUACUGUGACUAUGAACAGUCCUCAAUCCGUAUCUGAGAUUCGAGCCACUAUGACUGCAAAUAUCACAUUUGUGCGCAUGAUGAUUUCUCAAUUCGCGUAUGCCAUGAGAACCAUAGUGGAAGCAUCCGCUGAGGCUGCUAAUGUUGUUCGGGUGCAACAUUUGCAAGAAAUAUGCCCAGAGGGACUGUUGAAGUUGGCGCAAUGGAAUCCAAAGAGCCCUCAUUACGAGGAACAGAUAUGCGCUCAUGAUUUGAUUGAGCGACAGUCCCAGAAGCAACCCCAUUCCACAGCUGUAUGCGCCUGGGAUGGCAACUGGACCUAUGAAGAAUUAACCCAGAAUUCAUGCCGCCUGGAGCAAAAACUUCUGAGUUGCGGCUCGUCUCGUGGACAAUGUGUUGGGCUUCUCCUCCACAAAAGCAGAUGGACCCCGUUGGUCAUGUUGGCCGUCCUCAAGUCAGGCUGUGCAUUCGUGCUUCUUAACCCAGCUCGGCCUGCAGCUUAUCUGGCAUCAAUCUGUACUGCACUCAAGAUGGAGACCGUCAUUCAUUCCACUGGUGAGGAGUCACUGGCGGGAAACCUGGAAGUUCCCAAUAUUGUCUCGAUUCUCAGCCUCGAAGAACACGUGCAUAGCAAGGACUCGUCAUUAUGCCGAGAUUAUUCUGCACAAUCUGAGCCCGGCCAGGCCAUGUACGCUUGUUUCACAUCCGGAUCAACAGGCCGACCCAAAGGAUUCACGGUGAACCACGCGGCAUUUUGCAGUGGACUGAAUGAAUACAUCAAAGCGGUCGGUCUGACUCAAGAAUCCCGGGUAUUUCAAUUUGCGCCGUAUGAUUUUGCGGUCGCGAUAACUGACCAUCUUGCUCCAUUAACCAUGGGAGCUUGUGUCUGUAUCCCGUCAGAGGAGCAAUUGCAGCAUGAUCUCGAGAGCGUGAUCGAUGAGCUCCAGGCAAACUGGCUGAAGUUGACGCCGUCGUUGGCUCGUAUUCUAGACCCAGCGAGAGUCUCCAGCGUAAAGAAGUUACUGUUUGUUGGCGAGGAAAGCUUGGAAUCUGAUCUUCAAAAGUGGCUGGGACAUGGUGUUGACUUGUACGGUCUGUACGGUCAGUCUGAAAAUGCAAAAGGCACCAUGGUGGCUCGCAGGGGAGAGGGUAGCGACCCUCGCAACAUUGGCUUCCCUUUUGCUGCCGUGGGGUGGAUUGUCGACCCACAAAACGUUCAUCGCCUCAUGCCUAUAGGCGCCGAAGGUGAGUUGCUGCUGGAAAGUCCAAGUCUUGCUCAGGGGUACAUCGGCGAUGAGGCAGAGACGCAGGGCACCUUCCUCGGGGCUCCAUCUUGGUUGAAGCAGGUCCGCUCCCACGGCUCGGGUUGUCGAUUUCUGCGCACUGGAGAUCUUGUCAAGUACGAUCUUGGAGAUGGUUCAUUUUGUCUGAUUGGCCGCAAAGGGAACAGGGUCAAAAUCAGAGGUCAGAGGCUUGAGUUAGGGCAGGUAGAAAGUCAUCUCCGAGAAUGCCUCCCAACAGUCAACCUCGCUAUUGCAACUGUUAUACAACAGGAAGGCGAGGAGCCAAUGCUGGUCGCUUUCAUCGCCAAUGCAGAGAGACAGAAUGAAGAAACGCUGGACAAUGACCUGUUUCCUCCCCCCACGGAGUAUUCUCGACUUCGGGGACGAGACGCCUUAGUCAAAUUGCGCCGUGUGAUCCCUUCAUUCAUGGUUCCGACCACAAUCAUACCAAUAGGUGUCAUUCCGCGGACCACCACCGGAAAGGUUCAUCGUCGACAACUCCACGAGCAAGCCUCAGAGCUGUCCCGGACCCAACUGUUGGAGUAUGUCUCAGACCGGCCCUGCUAUCGAGCCCCACAGUCUGAGGCAGAAGGUAAGCUCCAACGAGCAUGCGGUCAAACUCUUCAGAUUGAUCCUGACUCUGUCGGCAUGAAUGACAACUUUAUCGACCUGGGGGGUAACUCACUGACAGCGCGACAGCUUGUGUCGGUAGCGCGUGCAGAUGGCCUCCAUAUCAAGCUGUCCCAGGUGUUGCAGCAGAGUACUCUUGCCGCUUUGGCUGAGAGUGAGGACCAAAGUCUAUUGGAAUCCGAGGUUAGCUGCGCCGAUACAGACCCUUUCCGCAAGCUUCGAGAGGAUGUCUUGCGGGAAGGCAUUGCGGGUGUAGACAUGCACACCGUGGAGGAUGUCUUACCCACUCUUUUCUCCCAGAUGACGUGUGCCCGAGACCAGUGCGUCGAUUUCAUGGUAUUUCGUGUUGACGGUUUCUUGGAUCGCAAGCGGCUCGGCGAAGCAUGGGCAGUUCUCAUCAAAAGGCUGCCUAUUCUCAGGACUGUGUUUCCCAAAUUCCACGGCCGCAAUAUUCAACUUGUCCUUCGUGAAAUCGCGGACUCAUACACGGUUGUCGAAGUGCCCAUUGGAGAUACUACGGAAGGUGUCGCUCAGGCGAUCUGCAAAACUGGGCUGGAAAACCAUUACCGGGUAGAUCGCCCUGUCGUGCAGUUGACACUCGUGCAAGCGAUGGCAGGCCCCCAAGUCAGUGCCCUCGUCCUUCGCCUCUGUCACGCCCAGUAUGACGGCAUGUGUCUCGAGCCACUCGUGAGAGCCCUUCUAUCCGCCUACAACAAUCGUUCCAUUGAGGUGGAGUCGGACUUCACGGCCUACACUCGCACCUGCAGUCAGCUCCGUGUACCUGAGGCGUUUUUAUUCUGGCGCCAUCUAUUGACCGGCGCAUCACCGACACAACUAGGAGCCCGAGAUGAUAGAGCGCAGCACGAUGCGUCACUACAAUCUCAAAGGUUCUUCUACAGUCGAGACAUUCCUAAUAUUCCCAGUCCCGCAGGCAUCACUCAGGCUACAUGCGUCAAAGCGGCGUGGUCUUGGGUUCUGCGGCACGAGGUUGAGAAGGAGGACGUUGUGUUUGGACAAUUGGGCAGUUGCCGUGCCAGUGUACCUCUUCCAGCAGUGGGCAGCAUCAUCGGCCCAUGCAUGAACAUCACGCCGGUGCGGGUCCAGUAUCGUGCAGGUAUUACUGGUCGGGACCUAUUACACGCCAUUCAAUCCAACCAUGCCCUGGCUAUGGACUUUGAUCUCAUUGGAAUGGACGACAUUGUGGAAACGUGUACAUCGUGGCCUGCAGGGACAGAGCCAGACACGGUGAUCAUACAUGAGAAUUUCAAGGUCGAAUGGGAUGUAGUAGAUGGUGACUUACAAUGUAGGAAGAUUGCUGCGCACUUCUCAACCCAUCCAUCCAAAACGUCUUUUCUCAUUACACUGCCAUCGGAGAAGGGUCUAAAGGCCACUCUCAUGGCGUCUAUGGAUCUCACCAAAUCUCGCGCCGAUGGCAUUAUGGAUAUGUUCUCCAGUGCUUUGAUUCACUUGCUUUCGUUCCCUGAUGCAAUUUUGGACUCGGAAAGCGUCGGUAUAUAG